UUAGAACACAAACAAGAAACAAACGUAGCUCCAAACUUUCAACUCUGCAACACUUUCGGAACCAUUAAAGCUUAAAGCUCACACCUUUCAGUUUGAGGUUCGAAUUCCACCUUCCAACUCCACAAAACGACAGAACCCUAUGGCCGUUUCAGCAGCAAUUUCACUUUCCUUUCUCAACACUGUCUCUGUCACAUAAACAAAACAACAAACACAUCAUCUUCAUCAUCAUCGCAUUCUCCGUCUCUCUCUCUCUCUUCUGAUGGCUAUUGUUGCCGCUGCAGCUGCUGCUGCUUCUUCUCUCCCCUCUGAAGGGAUAUGUCAUUCAAUAUCAUGUGGAAAUGGAACCACGAGCAAUUCAAUGAAAUCUCUUAUUGAUGGUAGAAGAGUGCAUGACUUUACUGGCAUGAGAGGCAAAAGUUCAGUUUUCGGAUCAUCACACUUCCUUUGGCUAUCCAUGGGUCACGAUCUGUGCCUUUCAAAGGUUUGUGUUGCUGCAGACUAUUCAGAUUCUGUACCGGAUUCAUCUAAUUACAUGAAUAAACAAGGUUAUCAUCCUCUUGAAGAACUGAAAGUUUCUCACAAUACUCGCCCAGCUAGACUUUCUCCUGCUGAGACAGCAAGAACCACUGUUGAGGCUAAUAGAAAUGCUUUGCUGGUAUUUCCUGGAACUGUACACUGUGAACCACAUGAACAGAUUUCAUGGUCUGAGUUUCAAUAUCUUGUUGAUGAUUAUGGAGACAUAUAUUUCAUAAUCUCUGAAGACACUAACAUUUUGGAGGAUCGUGGUGCAGAUAACCCAGUGAAUGCUUUGAUUGGAAUGGACAUUCCCAUAUAUGAUAAUAGAAGAACAGCUAGUCAAUAUGACCUUUUUGAUGCUGGAAGCAAUGAGGAAUUCCCAUUUGAUGAUGACUAUGUUGAGGUUCUGGAGAUGGAAGAAUCUAAUUUCCCAGUGAAUUGGGGGCUGCCAGAUACUACCGGCAUUGUUCAUCCUAUUUACUUUUCCAAGUGCUUAACAAAGGCUUUGAACAUGGAAUAUGACAAGAAAAUGAACCAUCCUUCAAAUGGUGUUUCUAUUUUGGGGUAUCUUAGACCCGCUUUUGUUGACGAAGAGUCAUAUCUGAGAAUGAUAUGUCACCCCGAAGAUGUGGAUGGAUACAACUUGGAACGUAUAGACACUGAAGAAUUACGCUCAAAGAGUUUUAGUGAUCGAAGAGACUCUGGGUUGACACUAUAUCGAUUGGAGAUCCUGAAAAUCAAGUUAUAUUCUGUGUAUGGAUGUCAGUCCGAUAUUAAUUCGCUAGACUUUCAAGAUGCUGAACCCGAUAUUCUGGUGCACUCUUCUUUGGCAAUUCUGGAACACUUCAACCAAAACUGUGAUGAUGCUCUUAAAGCUCUUUGCAAAAAGAAGGGUCUUGAUGUUGAGGGAGCUUGCUUAAUUGGGGUUGACAGCCUAGGCAUGGAUGUUAGAGUUUUCAAAGGGUCAGAAGUGAAAACGCAUCGCUUUCCAUUCAAAGUGCAGGCCAACUCUGUAUCUGUAGCUGAAAAACAGAUUCGGCAACUUUUGUUUCCCCGAUCUCGCCGAAAGAAGUGUGUGAAGUCAUGGCGCAGUGCUUAGAAUCCGCCAAGAGUAGACUAUCCCUAAGCUGAGUUGGUCCUUAUUUUCUGAUUUUCCUUUUCUUUCUGCCUUAAUUAGAGCCUGAUCCGGAGCAAUUAAGAUGUACAUUAAGAUGUAUGAAUAGGUCUAUAAUUUGUACAUUAUUUCCAGGUUAGUCCUAUACCUCAAUUUUUCAUCUAUAUCAUGAAGUUUAGGGAAAAAGGAAGUUAAGGGCAUUGCCCACUUUACUAAGGGGGAUUACUGUAUGCAAGAAUCAAAACUCACCAUAGUCUUUUGAUCCUUGCUGGCUAAACCAACCCCCAUUGGCCUCUAUUUCAGGCUGUAAAAGGGUUAAGGUGGUUGCUAACUUGUUUCCUUUUCACUUCUCUACUUAGUUCAAAACUCCAAAAAAUUGUAACCUCUUUUUCCUGACAAUAAUAAGAAUGAUAAGUGGUGCCAAGGGUUUUCUGCUUUACAAAAAUUAUAGUAUGGCUUUAUAUUAUGUUUUCACAAUUAUAAGAGUAACACUAUUGUACAAAAAUUGUAAUACCCAACCAAAUUUGAGUUACUAUUUUCAUUCCUGAUUUCUGUCAGAGCAUAAUUCUAGCCAAAUAAAAGCCCUCCUAAUGAAAAGCGAAAUGAAGAGUUAGUUAACUAUGAUCUUCUUGUUUAAAGAAAGAAAAUUGAUCAAACGUUAAACUUGAUCAUUGGAAGAUUAUCUAACGACUAACUAAUUGUAAAUUCAGUGCAUUGAUGUACCCGAAAAGAGUCACU